AUGCCUAAGUCAAACUAUACUGUGACUGAAUUCCUCUUUGAAGGUUUUUCCAGCUUUGGCUGGCAGCACAGGCUUAUCUUUUUUGCUGUCUUUCUAACUUUAUACCUACUGACUCUCUCUGGCAAUGUGAUUAUCGACAUUAUUCACCUGGAUCGUCACCUGCACACUCCCAUGUACUUCUUUCUGAGCAUGCUCUCUGUCUCGGAGACCUGCUACACUGUGGCCAUCAUUCCCCGGAUGCUUUCUGGACUCCUGAGUCCUCAUCAGACUAUUGAUAUCCAAAGCUGUGCGUCUCAGCUCUUCUUUCUCACCUUUGGCAUCAACAACUGCUUCCUGCUCACAGCCAUGGGUUAUGAUCGCUAUGUAGCCAUCUGCAAUCCCCUGCGUUAUUCAGUUAUCAUGGGUAAGAGGACCUGUACCCAACUGUUAUGUGGUUCACUGGGAAUCGGUCUGGGCAUGGCCAUUGUCCAGGUAACAUCUGUGUUUGGUCUGCCCUUCUGUGAUGCCUUUGUUAUCUCCCAUUUCUUCUGUGAUAUAAGACCCUUGCUGAAGCUAGCCUGCACAGAUACCACUGUGAAUGAGAUUAUCAACUUUAUUGUCAGUGUGUGUGUCCUUGUCCUACCUAUGGGCCUGGUCUUCAUUUCCUAUGUCCUCAUUAUCUCCACUAUUCUUAAGAUCACUUCAGCUGAGGGUCGGAAGAAGGCCUUUGCCACCUGUGCCUCUCACCUCACAGUGGUCAUCAUUCACUAUGGCUGUGCUUCAAUCAUCUACCUCAAGCCUAAGUCCCAGAGUUCCCUGGGGCAGGACAGACUCAUCUCUGUGACCUACACUGUCAUCACUCCCCUGCUGAACCCUCUUGUAUACAGCCUGAGGAACAAGGAGGUCAAAGAUGCUCUCCGUAGGGCUAUGGGGAAAAAGUCACACUCCACAUAA